UCCGUCCAUGUAGUAGAUAGCCUGGGAUCAUAAGCCGGCACCAUGCCCUCUGUGCUGUGUCUGGGCCUCCUGGCUGUCCUCCCCUACAUAGCGCGCUCGUCCUCCCCGCAGGGCUGCCUGCUAAAGACUGUCACCGUGUCCACCUUACCGGCGCUGAGAGAGCGGGAGCUGAGCUGGAGCGGUGCCGCCGUGUCCUCAGUGCAUCCCGGACCUGGGGAUUCCCGACUUCCCCUGCAUGUCCACAGCGAGGCGCCUGGGAGCGUGUCCGUGAGGGACGACCUGCACAAUACCGAGCCGCCCUACUUCACCCUGGAGAUGUCUGGCAGCAGUGAAGACAUUUCUCUUGUACACUGGACCCAGAAGUGGCUAGAAAAUGGAACACUUUACUUUCAUGUCUCUUUACGCAUGAAGGAACACACUUUAUUUAGCACUCCCCCAACAGUGCAAGAGCCAGUGCAAGAACUGGAUGAACAGCUUCAUGUUCUACACGUAUCAGUCAUGGGUGGACUGAUCGCACUGCUUUUACUUCUGCUAAUUUUCUCAGUUGCACUGUUUGCUCAACGACGCUGGUACAAGCGGAGAAGAAUUCCACAAAAGAGUGCCAGCACUGAAGCCACGCAUGAAAUUCACUAUAUCCCAUCUGUUCUGCUAGGACCCCCUUCUCGGGACUUUAGAUCAUCUAAGUUGCAACCUCACAGCUCAGUAUUGAGAAUGUCCGUACGAGAGACGCCAAUUUUGGAUGACUAUGAUUGUGAGGAGGAAGAAUCUCAAAGAUGCACAGAGCGAGGGAAUCAGUUGGAUCACACAAAGCAAAUACCACAAGAUAGAAAAGACAAGAGAAGAAUACAAAAAAGAGAUCCAGCAGGGUACCUGAAGUCUGAAGAAAAUUCUGGAUCAGAAACUGGUGAUGAGGCACAAUUGACAAUUCGAGGACGACAGCAUGAAAACAACCAAGGAUACAAAGGUACUCUGAAGAGUCCACUAAGUCGAACAGCCCUGACGUUGGUCGGGGUGAGUGCCUGCGUGUUGGCUGUAGUGUGUGGGUCGCAAAUACCCUGCCCACUCACCGUGAAGGUCACACUACAUGUGCCAGAACACUUCAUCGCGGAUGGGAGCAGCUUUGUGAUUGGUGAAGGAAGCUUUCUAGAUGUUUCAAACUGGGUAAACCCUGCCCAACUGUUUCUCUACUAUCAAGCAAAUGCCAGUUCUCCAUGGAUGCGGGAUCUCUGUGGUCAAAGAACAAUAGAUGCUUGUGAGCAGAUUUGUGACCCAGAAACAGGGGAAUGCAGUUGUCACGAUGGCUACUCUCCUGAUCCAAACCAUCCACAUUUGUGUGUACGUAGUGACUGGGGACAAAGCCAAGGGCCAUGGCCAUACAACACUCUGGAAAGAGGCUAUGACCUGGUGACAGGACAGCAAGCACCCGAGAAGACCCUCAGGUCCACAUACAGCUUGGGGCAAGGAGUAUGGCUACCAGUUAGCAAAAGUUUUGUUGUGCCCCCUAUGGAACUGUCAAUCAGUCCGUUGGCCAGCUGCAAAACUGAUGUACUGGUGACUGAAGAUCCUUCUGAUGUCCGUGAGGAAGCCCUUUUGGCAACGCAUUUUGAAUCAGUUGAUGACCUUCUUUCAUCCUUUGGUCCAGUUCGAGAUUGCUCAUUCAGUAAUGGUGGCUGUUCCCGUAAUUUUAAGUGUGUUUCAGAGCGUAAAGUUGAUUCUACAGGAUGUGUGUGUCCUGGAGGAUUAAAGCCAAUGAAGGACGGAAGCGGCUGCUAUGAUUACACCAAAGGAAUCGACUGUUCGGAUGGAUCCAAUGGAGGUUGUGAGCAACUUUGUUUACAACAGAUGAUAUCUCUCCAAAAUGAUCCCAACGAGAGUGCUAUUUACAUGUUCUGUGGCUGUGUGGAUGAAUACCGACUAGCAGCAGAUGGCAGAUCUUGUAUAAUGGUGAUGGAUCUUUGUGACGGUUCUAAGUGUCUGCGUCCAGGAGGUCACCUGAAUGACACAUUGUUUGGAGAGAUGCUUCAUGGCUUUGACAACAAGACUCAGAGAGUGAAUCAGGGUCAAGUUUUCCAGAUGAGUUUUAGAGAGAAUAAUUUCAUCAAAGAUUUCCCACAACUGGCAGAUGGACUUCUUGUAAUCCCACUUCCGGUGGAAGAACAGUGUAGAGGUGUUCUAUCUGAGCCACGGCCGGACAUACUGCUGCUUACAGGUGAAGUGAGAUAUAAUGAAGCAAUGGGAUACCCUGUUGUGCAGCAAUGGAGAGUGCGCAGCAACCUCUAUAAAGUGAAGCUCAACUCAAUUUCAUUGUCCACAGGGUUUGCCAAUGUGCUAAAAAUGAUAAGCCCCCACAGUAGUCGCGAAGAGUUACAAAGUAUACUACAGAUGUACGGCUCUCAUUAUAUUUCCGAGGCACUUUAUGGUUCAGAGCUUACCUGUACCAUCCGCUUCCCCAGUAAGAAAGUUCAACAGCAACUGUGGCUUCAGUAUCAAAAAGAAACCACAGAGUUGGGCAGCAAGAAGGAGCUGAAGUCCAUGCCGUUCAUCACUUACCUCUCAGGCUUGCUAACAGCGCAGAUGUUGUCUGAUGACCAGCUUAUCAUGGGAGUGGAAAUCCACUGUGAAGAGAAGGGACGUUGUCCAUCCAGCUGCCAUUUGUGCCGGAGAGCAGGCAAGGAACAAGUCAGCCCCAUCCCAGUGCUGCUGGAAAUAAACCGGAUCACUCCCCUGUACAACCUUAUUCAGGAUAAUGCUACACGAGAGGUACUGAAGCAUGCCUUCAUGAGCCUAUAUUGGUGUUCUGGAAAGGGUGAAGUCAUUGAAGAUUGGUGUCGAUGUGAUCUUACAGCUUUUGAUGAGAAUGGAUUACCAAACUGCAGUCCACUUCCACCACCGGUGUUUCGGCUGUCUCCGAACAUGGAGCCCUCUAGUACUGUUGUUGCUCUUGAAUGGCUGGAUGUCCAAGCUGCUAUAGGAACCAAAGUUUCAGAUUACAUUCUCCAUCAUAAGAAGGUAGAUGAAUACACAGAUACAGAGCUAUACACAGGAGAGUCCCUCAGCCUCACCAAUGAUUUAUUGUCUGGUUUGGGUUCAGCUUGUAUUGCAGCUGGGAGAAGCCAUGGCGGGACAUCAGACAACAAUCUUUACUCUGUGAUUUUCAAGUGCUUGGAAGCAGACAGUAUUUACAAGUUUAGUCUUUUCGCGGUAGAUACUCAUGGACGGCACUCAGCACAAAGUUUAGUCACACUUCGUACUGCCUGCUCUUUAGUGGAUGAUAGUAAAGCUGAAGAAAUCGCUGACAGAAUUUAUACAUUAUACAAUGGAUACACCAGUGGCAAAGAGCAGCAGAUAGCGUACAACACCCUGAUGGAAGUAUCAGCUUCAAUGCUUCUUCGAGUUCAGCAUCAUUACAAUACUCUCUAUGAGAAGUUUGGAGAUUUUGUGUGGCGCAGUGAAGAUGAGCUGGGACCCCGGAAAGCCCACCUAGUUCUCAGAAGGCUAGAAAAAGUAAGCAGCCAUUGCUCUGGACUACUGCGGAGUGCACAUAUCCAGCGUCGGAUAGACAACAUUCCUUACCUAAUCUGUCACAGUGAAGAUCUUCGAACGUCCGGUUUUGUUUUGUAUAGCAUUUUGAGGGACAACAAAUUUACAUGUGAAGAGAAAAUGGUAUCCAUGCCUCGCAACACGUAUGGAGAUUCAAAAGGACGAUGAGCAUUUUGAAGAAAGUCUAACCUCUUCAUGAUGUUUUUGAAAAAGAAUUAACUGUCAUGCCAGCGUUAUCUCACAAGCAGCCAAGAAACUGAUCAUAGCGACUUUUAUAAACUAAGGACAGAUAGGGUGCUAUGAAAAAACACAUAUCCAUAUUAUUUUUUUUAAGACUUUUUUUUAAAACCCUGA